AUAUAUAUAUAUAUAUAUAUAUAUAUAUAUAUAUAUAUAUAUAUAACGUUCAUAAAUCACUAAAAUCACAGCAAACAUGUGAAACCCACGUACACUGAGGUUACCUGAGUCUACUCCUUCAGCUCCCCGGCACCGAGCAUCACCUCCAACUGUUCAUGUACUUUCUUCACCGACACAGUGACACGAUAUUCUCCAAGUUGCCCCCCAGAAAGUAUUGAGUUCAGUGCAUGCAGCGCGCUGUGUUCAAGGAAAUUGUCCAUUACUGCAUUGUUGUGUGGUUUUUCAAAAUGAAAAAUCUAUAAAUUAAUUAAUGAAUUGAAAAGACCACCACAAGGAGCGCGUUAUGAGUGACAUUACAGCUGCCCAGUGUGGGUGGGACCUGGAAUCCCCGAUACGAGGAAUUCAUGAACAGUGAAUGAGAGGUUGAUAGAGGAAGCAGCAAGCUGGUGGCGCCACUGUGCGGGUUGCAGGCAGGUAGGCAGGAUGUCAGGGUGGAAGAUCGAGUUACUCAGAAUUGUGUUACUGGUGGGAGUAACAGCAGGAAGAAUACAAUCCCUCGCAUCCCCCUUCCUUAAAGAGUCUUUUCAACUCUCCUCCAGUGAAGUCCUUCUCGAGGAACUUAUUACUGGUCCCCUUCGAGGCCGCGACAUAUUCCUAUUCGUAGAUGAAUAUACCCGCUUCUCAAUGCCGACCCUCCCGAGUGACGCAAACACCAUCCUGAUGGCUACACACAAGGGCUUCAAUGUGGGGCAUUACCCAAACUACUGCUUACGGGGCUCCAGCUACAUAGCUAUUCUCCUAUUCUCCAGAACACCUUCUGAACUUUUCCAUCACCUCUCUCUGUCUGCUGCGUGGAAUCCCACCUUUCUCUUACUAAUAAAUAUGAACGCCACGCAAUCAUCAAUGACUAUUCUGGAUCACGAGGUGGUGCAGCGUUCCAAGCACCUGGUGCUAUUGCAGCCCUUCAAUAAAGGUACCAUAAACACUUUCCUUGUUCUCACCAGCUUUCCCUUCCGUGCGAGGCCUCAUGCUGCCAUGAGUCUAUGGCAUAAAACGUAUUUUCGAUCAGACGCAGACUUAUUCCUAGAUCGUCAUCCCAACAUGGAGGGCGCCACGUUACGCUUGGGUUCUUGGUGCGACGACUAUCCAUUUAUCUAUCUCCGACACCCCAGUGACGAUCAGUGUGUUGGUGCCAACCUGGACACUCUGACCCUGAUCGCCGCCAAACUCAACUUCAGUUACGAAGUACAGAAAGAAACCCAAGACCAGAACUGGGGGGCCUUGGAAAAUGGCCGCUGGACAGGCAUGCUAGGAGAUUUGGUUUAUAAUAAUAAGCACCUCGUAAUCAAUCUUUUCCUUGUUAAUUACGAGCGAUGGCGAGACUUCGACACCACAUAUCCAUACCACGCCGAGGGGUUCGGGUUCUUGGCUCCCCUGCCGCCUCCAGUCCCGCAGUGGAAGAGCAUCACUUAUCCCUUCACGGGCAUCAUGUGGCUGGCCGUGAUCGCCUGCACGCUCAUCGUGUCUCUGCUGUCCGCCCUCCUGCCCGCCGUCAUGGAGAAGGACAGUGUGGACUACGUCAGACACAUCUUGAUGGUGUACGGCGGGAUCCUGCGGCAAGCGGUACAGCUGCGAGGUGUGGAGUGGCUGGCGGCGUGGUGGUUGUCGUGCAUCAUCAUCACCACUGCCUACACCACCAACCUUGUUGCUUUCCUCACUGUGCCUGUGUACCCAACACGAAUGGAGACAGUGGCUGAGCUGGCUCAGUCUCAUCUCAGGCUGACAAUGCAGGACUACGGGAACUUCGUGCCCGCUGCCCUCAAGGAGUCCUCAGACCAGAGUCUCGCUGCUUUGGGCAAUAAGCUUGAUCUGUUCACGUAUGAGCUAGAGUACGACCCAGGGUUCAGAGGCAUCCGCAAUCGUGAACAAGUCUUGAUCGAGACUUACUCAUACCUAAGUAACCUUCAGAUGCAGUACAACGCCACACGUUACUCCUACCUCAUGAAGGAACAGAUCUAUUCUGGUCACAGUGCAUGGUUCCUGCCCAAGAACACGCCUUACACGACCAAGUUCUCGCAUCUCCUCACCAGACUGCGGGAGACCGGGAUCCUUUAUAAAUUUUUCAUAUACCAUUUCCCUCCAAGUGACGGCCAAAAUCAAAGAACCCAGACCCCGAGGCUGCGCGUGGACCAGCUGCAGGGCGCCUUCCUCCUCCUCCUGCUGGGCUUGGCCUUGUCUUUUUCCACAUUUAUGAUAGAAUAUGCAACAAAAAAAUACGAAACAAAUAAACUAGCAGUAUUUCAAUAUUAAUUUGCCUUGUUGUCGCCUUCACAAGGUACUAGCGUUCCUAAAAGUAGGUAAAUCAGAUUAAUAAAUUGAUUCAAUGAGUGAAAUGAGCAAAAGGUAAUUAAAUCAUGAUGUCAUUAGACAUUAAGUUCCUUACUGACAGACAUUGUUUCGGUAACAAUAAAGCCUACUGUCAAUCAACCGCUGUGUUAUGAAUACUCAUGGUGAGAAAGCGUCGAUCUCACACAACCUCACGUAUUUGAAGUUUACGAUUGUAAAAUGCUAAGUUUGGACUAAAAAAUUGAAUUAUUUGUUUAUUAUCAUUCCAUUUUAUUUGUUUGUCUUAUUUUUUUUUAUUAAUUAUUACAAGAACACAGGAAAUCUAAAUAUAGAAUGUAUGUAUUGGAGAAAGAUUAUUCUUCAUUAUAUGAUGUUAUUGAAAUAUAUCAAUCUUCUUUUAGAAUGAGGUUAAGUCAGGGCGCAGUAAUUAUUCCAAAAUUCUUAAUAAGACACAUUUGGUCCAGUCAGUAUUCAGUGGCGUCUAGUUCUAAACUGAUAAGAGCUAUAAUGUUUUAUCUUGAGCCGGAUACACACUUGCGAAGAGAACACUGUAUCGUAACAAAGCCGUGUUGUGCGAUUCGCUUAAUAAGGUCUGGAAAUAUUGAGUCUGUAACCAAACCACGUCGCGUCGCGAACUUUCAUGCACCCCACCUCGCUCAGUCAGUCAGUCUGUGUUUGGAGGCUGUACAUAAGAACAUAAGAAAUAAGGGAAGCUGCAAGAAGCGACCAGGCUUACACGUGGCAGUCCCUGUAUGAAACACACCUACCUAUUUCCAUCUGCUAUCCCCAUCCAUAAACUUGUCUAAUCUUCUCUUAAAGCUCUCUAGCGUCCUAGCACUAACUACAUGUUUACUAAGUCCGUUCCACUCAUCUACCACUCUAUUUGAGAACCAACUUUUUCCUAUCUCCUUCCUAAACCUAAAUUUUUCAAGCUUGAACCGGUUAUUUCUUGUUCUACCCUGGUUGCUGAUCCUAAGAAUUUUGUUUACAUCUCCCUUGUUAUAACCCUUAUACCACUUAAAGACUUAUAUCAGGUCCCCUCUUAACCUACGUCUCUCUAAAGAAUGUAAAUUUAACAGCUUCAACCUCGCCUCGUAUGGAAUACUCCUCAUCCCCUGUAUCCUUUUAGUCAUUCUCCUCUGUACUGAUUCUAAUAGAGCUAUAUCUUUCCUGUAAUGUGGGGACCAGAAUUGCACCGCGUAGUCUAGAUGAGGUCUGACCAGCGCCAAGUAAAACUUUAAUAUUACUUCCGGCCUUCUACUUCUAACACUCCUAAAAAUGAAUCCUAGUACCCUAUUUGUCUUGUUUCUGGCUUCUAUGCAUUGUUUCCCUAGACGGAGUUCAGGGCUAACUAUAACUCCUAAAUCUUUCUCGUACCCUGUACCUACCAGAGUUUGGUUGUCUAAUGUGUACCUAUUGUGUGGGUUUCCUCUACCUACGCUAAGCACUUUGCAUUUAUUGAUAUUAAAUUGCAUUUGCCAUCUAUCCGUCCAUUCAUUCAUUCUAAGUCUGCCUGCAAGGCGGUGGCAUCCGAUUCUGACCUAAUUAAUCUACCUAUCUUUGUGUCAUCCGCAAAUUUACUAACAUCACUACUAAUUCCACUAUCCAAGUCAUUGAUAUACAUUAGAAAUAACAAUGGCCCUAAUACUGAUCCCUGUGGCACCCCACUAAUUACAUAACCCUACUCGGAUUUCGAGCCGUUUAUUACCACUCUCUGUCGCCUGUCACUAAGCCAUGACCCUAUCCAGCCUAACACCUUCCCAUCUAUCCCGUGUGCCCUAACCUUUCUCAGGAGCCUUUGAUGGGGUACCUUGUCAAAUGCUUUACUAAAGUCCAGAUAUAAGAUAUCAUAACUAUCACCAUUAUCUACUGCCUCGUACACCUUACUGUAAAAACUUAACAAGUUUGUCAGGCAAGACUUCUCCUUCGUGAAGCCAUGCUGUGACUGAUUUAUCAAGUUAUGUUUGUCUAAAUAUUCCCUAAUGUUCCUCGCUAUUAUUGACUCUAACAUUUUACCUACAACUGAAGUUAAGCUGACAGGUCUAUAAUUAGACGCUAAAGUUUUAUCUCCUUUCUUAAAGUUGGGUACUACAUUAGCCUGCCUCCACAUUACUGGUACCUCACCCGACUCCAGUGAUUUCCUAAAGACAGAAACUAACGGCUCACUAAUAAUCUCUUUACAUUCCUUAAGUACUCUGGGAUAUAUUUCAUCAGGUCCUGGUGACUUGAACUUUUUUAGCCUAUCUAUCUCCUGUUCCACUAUCUCCCUAGUUAUGGAAAUAUCUGCCAGCUUCUCAUUCUCAUCUGCUCUAAACACCUGUUCACUAUCUGGCAUAUCCUGCAUGUUUUCCUGGGUGAAGACAAUUAAAAAAUAAUCAUUCAGAAGUUUACUUAUUUCCUCCCCAGAACUAACCAGCUCCCCAUCUGCUGCCUUUAAUGGACCUACAGUAUCCUUAUUCUUCGUCCUGUAUACCUGAUAAAAUCCCUUGGGGUCCGUCUUCGCCUGGCUGGCUACCUUUGAUUCAUAAUUGUCCUUAGCUUUCCUCGUUAACUUCCUGACUGUUCUAACUAAUUCAUUAUAUUGUGUCCUUAAAACUUCUUCACCUCCCCUUAAUCUCCUAUAUAUACUUCUCUUACGCCCUAUAUAAUGCUUUAACCUAGCAGUCAUCCAUUUAGGGUCAUUUUUUUGUGAUCUUAUUGUUCUAUACGGGAUAUUUGCUAACUGACCUGUAUGAACUUUAUCUACGAAAUAUCUAUACAAUUCAUCUACAUUUACUUCACCUAGUCCCCUCAUCUCGACCCCUACCAUCCUCUCCACUCCCUCAUCUGCUACUCGCCUCGACCUCACCUCUCUCAUUUCAGCAUGACCUGACAUUCCAACAUACUCACACCUAGCUCCCCCCUUCCUCUUUCCUCCUCCCUUCCAGACACAUCUUCCCUCCUCUUGUCCUACACCCUCACGCCUCACCUCACCUCUCUCAUCCUGCCUUAUCUCCCUGAACUCCGUCCCUGACCUGACCUCACCCUGCAUCCUUUGCCAGUCCACUCCUUGGAGGUACCUUUUUAAUUCUUCAAAAUCUGCUCUCCUAAAGUCAGGUAUUUUACUAGUGUUUUUUUAUUUCUAAAGGUUUUUUCCCAUUUUAAUUUGUACCUAAUUUCCCACUGGUCACUGUUACCUAGCUGUCCUCCAACCUCUAUCUGUGUGCCUGCUUCCUCCCUGUUAGUUAGCAUUAAAUCUAGAAUAUUGUUUCCCCUUGUGGGUUCUACAAUUACCUGUUUUGAAAAAAUUAUCCUGAAUUACCUUAAGAAAUUCCUCUGCUUCCCUGUUACCCACCAUCAGGCUCCAGUCGAUAUUCAUAAAAUUAAAAUCUCCUACCACACAUACCUGACUGUACCUGCCUGCUCUAUUUAUUUCCUGCCACAGUGAGGUGUUAAUUUCCUCUGUACUGUUAAGUGGCCUGUACACUACUCCCAGUGCUACUGACUGUGAUCCUUCCUUAAUAUCUACCCAUAUCGACUCUGUUUUGCUAAAUGUUUUAAUUCUACUGUUAAUACAACACUGUAAUGUGUCCCUAACGUAUAAUGCGAUGCCUCUUCCUCUCCUGUUUUUCCUUGUCUUAACUUCUGGAUUAAAUACUUUUCCUGAAAUACCUAACCAAAUUUGUGUAUAACCAUCUAUAAAAAUUUUGUGUAUAGUGUACAUCUAUAAAAAUUUGUGUAUAACCAUCUAUCUUAACUUCUGGAUUAAAUACUUUUCAUGAAAUAUAUCAAGGUUCUCUACACACGCCAUUCCUCUAAGCAAGUCUAUUUUAUUCACAGAGAGAGAGAGAGAGAGAGAGAGAGAGAGAGAGAGAGAGAGAGGCCAUUUUCUGUCUAUGUCCGUGUGUCUGAUUGUCAUUCUAUUUGCUCUCUCUCUCUCUCUCUCUCUCUCUCUCUCUCUCUCUGUUAUUGGUCAUUCCUUCCAAUUACCUCUCUUCCUUCUCUUCUCUUAUCUUCUUCCUUCCUUUCUUCCUUCAUUUAUUUUCCUCUAUUUCCUCCUCCUCUCAACCAGUAAGAAGAGGGAGAGUAGGAGGAUGAUGAUAUUAGAGAGAGAGAGAGAGAGAGAGAGAGAGAGAGAGAGAGAGAGAGAGAGAGAGAGAGAGAGAGGCCAUUUUCUGUCUAUGUCCGUGUGUCUGAUUGUCAUUCUAUUUGCUCUCUCUCUCUCUCUCUCUCUCUCUCUCUCUCUCUCUCUCUCUCUCUCUCUCUCUCUCUCUCUCUCUCUCUCUCUGUUAUUGGUCAUUCCUUCCAAUUACCUCUCUUCCUUCUCUUCUCUUAUCUUCUUCCUUCCUUUCUUCCUUCAUUUAUUUUCCUCUAUUUCCUCCUCCUCUCAACCAGUAAGAAGAGGGAGAGUAGGAGGAUGAUGAUAUUAGAGAGAGAGAGAGAGAGAGAGAGAGAGAGAGAGAGAGAGAGAGAGAGAGAGAGAGAGAGAGAGAGAGAGAGAGA